CAACCAACCGAGCAACCUACCUGGCCAGGGCUAACUGGAUGUCUAAUGCAAUGCACCUUUACUCAAGAGCAUGUACACAUGAGCAUAUGCUGUCACACAUGCUUUGUAUUCUAUUUGAAUGGUUUUGUGAUUUUGUUUACCCCUCUUACCUAUGCAGUCCACAUGUUUUUCCCCUCUCCUUUGAAGAAUCCACCUGGCAGGCAGUAUCAGAAAGAGGAGUCAUAAGGAUUUGCACUAAGGAGAAGUGCUGCAUGGUGAUCAAAAGAGCAGACACACCAGUGGCAUGGAAACAGGAAACCACACAGAAGUAUCAGAAUUCCUCCUCAUGGGUCUCUCAGAGGAUCCUGAACUGCAGCCCUUCCUCUUUGGAGUGUUACUGUCCAUGUACCUGGUCACUAUACUUGGGAACCUGCUCAUCAUCCUGGCCAUCAGCUCAGACUCCCACCUGCACACACCCAUGUACUUCUUCCUCUGCAAUCUGUCCUUUGUCGACAUCUGUUUCACCUCCACCACCAUCCCGAAGACGCUGGUGAACAUCCAGACACAGAGCAAAGCCAUCUCCUACAUUGGAUGCUUCAUUCAACUGUACUUUUUUAUGAUUUUUGCUGUAAUGGAUGGUUUCCUUUUGACUGUGAUGGCCUAUGACAGGUACGUGGCCAUCUGCCACCCCCUGCACUACAUGGUCAUCAUGAACCCACACCUGUGUGGCCUGCUGGUUCUGUUGUGUUGGUUCAUCAUAUUCUGGGUCUCCCUGGUUCAUAUCCUACUGAUGAGUCGGCUGACCUUCUGUGUAGGAACUGAAAUUCCACAUUUUUUCUGUGAACUGGCUCAGAUUCUCAAGGUAGCCUGCUCAGACACCUUCAUCAAUAAUGUCUUCAUGUACGUGACUACUGCCCUACUGGGUGUGAUUCCUGUCACUGGAAUUCUCUUUUCUUACUCUCAGAUCGUCUCCUCUUUAAUGAGAAUGUCCUCUACAGGGGGAAAAUAUAAAGCAUUUUCCACCUGUGGGUCUCAUCUCACCGUGGUCUCCUUGUACUAUGGGACAAGCCUGGGGGUCUAUCUCAGUUCUGCUGUGACCCAUUCUUCCCUGCAAAGCUCUGUAGCCUCAGUGAUGUACACUGUGGUCACCCCCAUGCUGAACCCCUUCAUCUAUAGCCUGAGGAACAAGGAUGUGAAAGGGGCCUUGGGAGGGCUCCUUAGCCAAGGAGCCUCUUGUCUGUGAUGGAUCACUCACCUCAGAACUAAGUAGGCAUUAUGGGCCUCAAAAGCCAAUGUUGUAGAUUUAAAUCUGGUUUUUAUCUUUCCUAAAAACACAUGCUUCAUUACUUCUAUUUUCAAAGCACCUACAAUUUUGUAUCUAUUUAACUUCUAACUUUUAUUUUUUCAAUUACAGUUUACAUCCAAUAUUAUUUGGUAUUAUUUUCAGGUGUACAGCAUAGUGGUUACACAAUCAUAUACUUUACAGUGUCUCCCCAAAUAUUUCUACUACGCAACCUAACACCACACAUAGUUAUUACAAUAUUACUGA